AUGGAGAAACACGACUCUCACGAUAUUGCCGUGACAUUCAGCAAGUACCGAGACGUCCAGCGCCCGGACAUCAUCAACGCAAAGCUUGUGAGUUCUGAUAAUGAACUGCUCGCCCAGAUCGGGUACAAACAGGAACUGAAGCGUAAGUUUUCCACUUUACAAGUGUUUGGUGUGGCGUUCAGUAUCAUGGGUUUGCUACCAUCGAUUGCUAGUGUUUUGGCUCAAGGUCUCACCGGUGGCACUAUCACCCUCAUUUGGGGUUGGGCGAUCGCAUCCACAUUCGUUCUCUUGAUUGCAAUCAGUAUGGCAGAGCUGGGAAGCAGCUUGCCCACAUCGGGAGGCUUAUUCUACUGGACACACUUUUACGCCCCAGACAAGAUCAAAGUGUUUCUUUCAUAUCUGGUUGGAAACACGAACUCAGUGGCCCUGGUGGGUGCCUUGUGUUCCGUGGACUAUGGUUUCGCAGGCGAAAUUCUGGCCGCAGUUUCUAUUUCAAAAGACGGAAACUUUGACAUCACCUCCGGCAAAACGUAUGGUGUUUACGCAGCCUGCGUCAUUUCCCACAUUGGAAUUACCUGCUUUGCCUCUAACUUUGUGUCAAGGCUUCAAACUUUCUCAAUUGUGUGCAACCUGGGACUCAUAGUUCUGUUUUUUAUCGCAUUGCCAAUUGGUUGCAAGGUCAACGGCAUUGAGUUCAAUAAGGGCUCUUUCAUUUUUGCAGAUAAUGAACAGCUGAGUGGUUGGACUCCAGGAUUUAACUUUGUGAUGAACGGAUUCAUGCCUAGUGUCUGGACCAUUGGCGCCUUCGAUUCCUGUGUUCAUAUGUCCGAAGAGGCCAGAAAUGCGUCCCACGGUGUUCCUAUUGGAAUAAUUGGGUCCGUUUCAGCAUGCUUCAUUCUUGGGUUUUUCAUCUGUAUUGUCAUUGCUUCAUGUAUGGGUCCAGACGUGACGGCUAUUCUCGAUUCCAAGUUUGGUAGCCCAAUCGCCCAAAUUAUAUACAAUGCGAUGGGCAAGAAUUGGGCCAUUGCAUUUAUGUCGCUAAUUGCCUUCUGCCAAUGGCUUAUGGGAGCCUCCAUUCUCACUGCUAUCUCCAGACAAAUUUGGGCUUUCGCUAGAGACGACGGUCUUCCUCUCGCUCCCAUCGUGAAGGUGGUCAACAGAAAACUCUCGACCCCUAUCAGGGCCGUCAUCUAUGGUGGGGUCCUUGCUUUAUUACUAGGAUUGCUUUGUCUUAUCGGAACAACAGCAGCCAACGCCUUAUUCUCUUUAUACAUUGCGGGAAACUACUUCUCAUGGGGUACCCCGAUUUUCCUCAGACUCACAACAGGAAAACACAAGUUCGUGCCAGGCAAAUUUUACACAGGUGACUUGUUGUCACCAAUAAUAGGCUGGAUAACUUGUGCAUUCAUUGCCUUCAUCAUAAUUUUGGUGAUGUUCCCUGCCGAACCUACAGUCUCAUCAACGACAAUGAACUAUACGGUUGUCAUAACGCCAGGCUGCAUGAUAAUUGCCACUCUUUACUAUCUGGGUUAUGCAAAAGGAAAAUACCAAGGUCCAAAGAGCAACUUGUCAGAACCUUCGAUUGUUCACGAGGGUGAAAAGAUCAGGGAAGACGAAGAGGUUUAUCUGGUGCAUUCAAUUCAAAGCGUGAAAUCCAGAGCGGAUGAGAAGAACAUACUGCGGGCAAUCAAAUCUGGCGAGCUGGAGCCUGUCAUGUCCUUGACUCAUAGAGUGGAAGAAAAAUCUGACGUUUAA